CUCGGCCCCGGCGCAGUUCCACAUACGGCCACCAGAUGGUACCUGGCCCGUCUUGAGCGGAUCUUGUAGUUAAGCUAUGUGGCCGCCAGAUGGCGCCAGAGGCCACGUUCCGCGGACAAGGCAGCAACAAGGUGGAGCCCAGUCGGCCCCGCAUCAGAGUCUGGCCUUGGUGGCUCCAGCGCACGUGAUCUGCCGCUGUCUCCCACCGGCGCCAUGACCCAGCCUGUACCCCGGCUCUCUUUGCCCGCCACGCUGGCCCUGGGCUCGGCCGCGCUGGGCGCCGCUUUCGCCACUGGCCUCUUCCUGGGGAGACGGUGGCCCUCGUGGCGAUUUCGGCGACAGCGACACCUGCUUCCCCCAGAAGACAGUCCCCUGUGGCAGUAUCUGCUGAGUCGCUCAAUACGGGAGCAUCCAGCACUACGGAGCCUGCGGCUGCUGACUCUGGAGCAGCCGCAUGGAGAUUACAUGAUGACCUGUGAACAGGCGCAGCUUCUGGCCAACCUGGCACGACUCAUCAAGGCCAAGAAGGCGCUGGACCUGGGCACUUUCACUGGCUACUCUGCCCUGGCACUGGCCCUGGCGCUGCCCCCCGCCGGGCGUGUGGUGACCUGCGAGGUGGACGCAGGGCCCCCGGAGCUGGGGCGGCCGCUGUGGAGGAAGGCUGAGAUGGAUCACAAAAUCGACCUUCGGCUGAAGCCAGCCCUGGAGACCUUGGACGAGCUCCUGGCGGCAGGAGAGGCCAGCACCUUCGACGUGGCCGUGGUGGACGCGGACAAAGAGAACUGCACAGCCUACUAUGAGCAAUGUCUGCAGCUGCUGCGCCCCGGAGGCAUGCUCGCCAUCCCUAGAGGACAGGUGAAAUUCCUGGCACAGUGCAACUGGGACUGGUGGGGAGACCUCAUCUGGGAUCUGUCAGUGUGAAAGGACUUGCAGGGGACCAGCACUGCCACAGGUAUUUCUAUAAGUUAUGCUAGUUCUGUCAGCCAUUUGUCCACAUUUUCAGAGAAAUAUCAGCUCCCCUGCCUUACCUCUGAGAACCUCAAGUUUGGCUUGAAUAAAUACCCUAAUGUCCCCCUUACGUCCUGAAGAUGAGGGGACUGCUAUCCAAGAUGUGAAGCAACAAGCCUGGCGGUAGCAGACCUUCAGUAUGACAAUUUUAAACACAUUUCCUAGACAAAGAGAACUUUAGGUUUUCCAGCAUGCUGGUUUAAAGGAGAGGAAAAGGCAGUUAGGCUUAAGGGACCUUCAAGCCAGAUUCUUUGCUUCAUUCAAAUAUCCCCAACCCACAGGAAGAUCUUGUCUCUAAGACGAAUGAAAGUCAGGUUCUUUCCAAUAACUUCAAGGCCUCAGGCAAAAGGGCACUUACAAUAGGCUUUGCUGCCACCUGGAAUUGCACCUGAAGACUACUAGAAGUUAUAGGAGAUGCAUGAACCUGUAACUGCAGAUUUUCAUAAUCUUGCUGCUCCAAGGAUUUACCUGGCAUUCUCCACAAUCCUCAGGGUCCUAGAUAUUACAACUACCCUAUUCUCUCUAACUCAUAAAAGCUUAUUAGGAUGCACACAGGUGACCGAGUAACUCAAACCUGUGUGCACUACAGUCCAGAUUACUGAAUCAGAUGAACUUCAACUGCAGCAGAAAGCACAAUGAUUAGCUGAGAAGCAAAAGGUCAUUUAGAAGACCAGAUUUCCUCCCUGCAGGUCUAGCCUACAUCCCAAGUACAAGUGUUGUUUUCAUACCUAGCAUGUAGGGACACCUUUUCAUUUUCUUAUCUAGCAAUAGGUCUAACUCAAAUUGCAACCUCCAACCUGCUCCCAUGCCCAUAGGAGGCAGCAUGUGUCUGGGGAGACAGCCUUUUGGAGAAUCCAUCCCUAUUUACAUGGGCCACUACGUUGAAUUCCUUAGGAAAAACAAGUGCGACCUAUUUUAUCAGCUUUUUCACUGUUGUGACCAAAAGACCUGACAAGAACAAUUAGAGGAGAAAAAGUUUAUUUGGGGGUUCACAGUUUCAGAGGUCUUAAGUCAUAGAUGGCUGACUCCAUUCUUUGGGGUCUGAAGUGAGGCAAAACAUCAUGGCCGAAGUGUAUAGGAAAGGAAAACAUCUGGGAACAUCACACUAGGAAGCAGAGACAGCACUCCUCACAACAAAAUAUAAGCCCCAAAGGCAUGCCCCACCUUCUCCAGCUAUACCUACUGGCUAUCAAGUUACUAGUCAAUGCCUAGCAUGGGAUUCACUGAAUUGGUUAAACCUUUCAUAACCCAAUCAUUUCACAUCUAAACUUUCCUGCAUUGUCUCACAUAGGAGCUUCUGGGGGACACCUCAUAUCUGAACCAUAACAGACCAAAAAAGGCCUCUUGUCCCUCUUAGUCUCUGUAUGGAGAGCUUGCUUGAAUUCUAUUCUCAUCAGAUUCUUUUCAACCUGGAAGUUUUUAGCAUGUUAUCAUUUCUUGAAUGAUAAGUCCCAAAGUACUCCAUUGUCUUAAUCUGUUCUCUCAAGCUGCAAACUGAGCUUUAGGUUUUGUACUUCAGAUGUGUUCAACAAAUUUCCCCUUCUCUUUGGCUUUAUCCUUCAAACUAGCACCUCCUAUCACAAAACUUGUUCUUUAGACUUUUCCAACCAGAAUCACCCAUUAACAUCAAUCAUUCAUGCCCAGAUGAAGGCCAAGAGGAUUGCCGUUGAUCUCACAGGUUAACACAGCUUUCCAGUCAAUGUCGGCCUGGAUGGAAAAGAGUGAUGUGAUGACUUCCCACUAGGACCCAUAUUUCCCCUCUCAGACCCUAUGGUUAUCAAUGCUGUCUACAUUUUACCUCCCAUCCCACUGAUUUAGGGGUACACCACUGGUCACCAGAUAACCAGUUUCACUAGAAACCAACUAACAAGUAACUGAAGAUUUAAAAUACAAUUCUUGUUUAGAUCAUCCUUGAUCACCUUCUUGUGGGGAAAAAGCCUGCAGGUCACAACAGAAAUAUACUGAGGUCAAAUCUUCUGAUUCCCAGGGGUUUCUUUCAGGUGAAUUAAGCUUCCAAUUCCGGGGCAAGCCCAAACAAUAGCUCACAGGGGCACUGGUGUGCAUAUAUAAUCUUCCAGCAUGAUCCCUACAUUGUCCUAUUCUCAUCACUUUCUCCCACCAUUCCUGAGGUUAACAAUGAAUCAGUGUAAUUCUGUACAAACUUAGAAACUGAAGAGUAUAACUGGGUAUAUCCUCUUAUUUUAUUGUAGUCUCAAAAAGCUCCUGGAAUUCUAGAGAGACAGGACUUGUGGCACAGAAUUAAGAGCAAAAUGCUCACCAGAAAAAUAAAGAAUCAGCUAAAUAUCAGGGAGAUUUGACCCUAGCUGGCAAAUUUUUAACUGCAAAUACUUGGAGCCAUUAAUUAUGUAUACUUGUUUUAUUCAUAAUUUGUAAUGUUUUGGGAUACCAAAAGUAAUUCUAAUUAUGGUUGAAUUUAACAAAAAAAUCUUUACCCUCAUCUUAAAACAUCCACUGAUCCAUCUUAUUCUAUGGCAAUAUUCGAUGUUAAAGGGAACAUAAAAACAAACAUGCACACAAUUGCACAGUUUUCAUAAAGGUCUAUUUCAUUAUUGGUGGGUAGCGCAUUUAACAGUUAAAUACAUUUAAAUAAUGUAUAGGUGACUGCAUGACUGCAGCAUUGGUAACUAGAUAACCAAUUCAACUAGAAACCAGCUAACAAGUAACUGUCUAAAUAUUUAAAAUACAGCUCUUGUUCAGAUCAUCCUUGUUUUGAUCACCUUCUUGGGGGGAAAAAUGCCUGCUGGUCACAAUGGAAAUAUAUUAAGGCCAAAUCUGAUAUCCAUUCCCAGAGGUUUCUUUUAGCUGGAUUAAGCCUCCAAUUCCAGAGCAAGCCCAAGUUUGUGGCCUCCAGCAUUAAUGCUCUUCCCAUCUACCAGAGCCGACAGUGUAAGCUUCACACCUGUAAACAAAGCAAACCACUAUGAGGGGCCUGCAAGAGUUCACUUUAAUAACCACACAAAGCCUGGCUGUAACUUCCUCAGCCUGCAGUUGAAAUACUAGUACCAGCCACCAGAGGGCGCCUGGAAGUAUCCAGGUACUGUGAGAGCUAGGUUAGGUUACUAUAAUGCAUCUUAUCUUCAUGAGGUAAGGUUAGCAAGUUACAGAACAUUAGUUCAAAAGUGUUAUAGGAAAUGCAAUAAUGCUCAUACUAUCUGGACCAAAAUAUACUGGGGAGACCAAAUCAUAAUUGUACCCCAGAAAGGAAAAACAAUAGAGACUUUUGGGGACAAGUGGGGAACCUGAACAUAGUUUACAUCUUAGGUAAAUUAUAGUCUUAGAUAUGAUGAUAGUAUUAUAGUUAUGAAGAAAAAUAUCUUACUCUUAGGCUAUACAGGUUAGGGUUGUGAAUCUACACGUCUGCAAAACACUAUUUAAAAGCAUGUGCCAGGGCUGGGGAUGUGGCUCAAGCGGUAGCGCGCUCGCCUGGCAUGCGUGCGGCCCGGGUUCGAUCCUCAGCACCACAUACAAAGAUGUUGUGUCCACCGAAAACUAAAAAAUAAAUAUUAAAAUUCUCUCUUUCUCUCUCUUUAAAAAAAAAAAAAAAAAAAAAAAAAACAUGUGCCAAAAAGGGGGGGGUGGAUUACAUGUACUAAGAAAGUGAUAUAUGGCAGUAACUAGUGAAUGCAAAGAAAAGGUAGAUGGGUAUUCAUUGUAUCAUUCUUCUGACUUUUCUUUAAACUAGUCAAAAUAAAUUUGGGGACAAAAUCCUUAUUGGGAGGGAGAUAAAAACUUUAGAUCCUUGAUAGUGAAAUUUUCUAGGACUAGGGGAAUCUGAGGAGCAGGCUAAAAAUACAGAACUCCCCAUCUCAGACCUAUUGGAUCAGAAUCUGCAUUUAAAGAAGCCUUCCCAGGUCAAUUAAGUGCAUGCUCAAGUUGGAGAAGUCCUGCUAUAAAAAACAGCAAGGUACAAAAUCCUACAUAAAAGAGUCUACAGAGACAGAGCCAAAACAACGAUUGAACUUUGACAAAAUAAAAAUAAAUGUAAGACAUCUCAGAUACAUGAUGAAACUGAACAGGGAAUGGAUAUUAAAUAAUAAGGAGUCACUGUUGUCUUAAAUGUGACAAAAGUAUUGUGGUUUAAAGCAGGAGAAUGUUAUUCUAAGGAGCAAAAAAAAGGAAUAAUCAGUCUUCUAUAGGCUUUAAAGAUCUGCAAAUCAGAAAUUAAAAUUAACUUUUAAAAUACUAUCAGGCUCGGGGCUGAGGCUGUGGCUCAGUGGUAGAAUGAUUGCCUAGCAUGUGUGAGACACUAAGUUAGAUUCUCAGCACCACAUACAAAUAAAUGAAUAAAAUAAAGGUCCACACAUCUAAAAAAAUAUAUUUAAAAAAAAAUACUAUCAAGCUGAGUGUGGUGGCACACAGCUAUAAUUUCAGCAACUCAGGAGAUGAAGGCAGAGAGUCAUGAGGUUUAAGGCCAGUUUUAGCAAUUUAGUAAGACCCUCAGUAACUUAACAAGACUUUUUUCAGAAAAAAAGGUAGGUGGGGAGGACGGGGGUGCUGGGGAUGUAGCUCAGUGGUAAAGCACCUGACAUGUAGGUUCAACCCCCUAUACCAAAAAUAACUAUAAAAAAAUAAAAUAUUGAUGAAACAAUCCUACUUUAUCAACAAUACUUACCAGGCCUCAGAGUCUGAGUGUAGCCCACUCCAAUUAAACUAGAGUUGUUGACCUUUGCCUAAAAUAAAAUUCAAAAAUAACUGUAAGAAAAAACUUUACAUGCAAAGACAAAGCUCCUGUAUGUUUCCCUAUCGUGUAGGUAUGAAGAGUUCAACUUGUUAAUUCAUGUGAGAAAAUUUAACAUUGUGUACUAAGCCAAAUAAAAUCCAGAUCCACUUAA